CUCUUCAAAGUACUUUUCUUCAUUUAGAUGCUAUCAAAUAAAUUAGUUUUAAUGCUUAUUGUAUGAUUCGCUUUUUGAAGUUAUGAACGAUUAGCUGUUGACUGUCUACCGUACUCAUUGUUUCACCCGGUCAUGAGUUACUGUAUGUAAACUUGGUUGUGUAUUUGGGCUUAAUGUUUGCCAGAUAUUGAGCUAAUAUUUCUUUUGCUGAUUUUAAAUGGGCUAGAAGUCUAGAUUGUCUUUUGAAUAAUGUGAAAAAAGGUAUGUUUAGAGGAUAAACUCAACUCAGAAGAGCCAUCUUUAUCGCAGUGAGAAACUAGACAUCACACGAAUACAAAUUUUCUCUUUUCAUUCUGUUUGGUCAAUUUCAAGAAUAGGUGACUGAAAGCAAUUGUUUCAUCCCCGUUACCCAUAUCACACUAUUCCUCAUCCGCAUCCUCAUCUUCCUCUUCUCAUCUCUCUCUCUCUCUCUCACCCUCCCCCCUUUUUAAUGCUUUUAGUAGACGUUUUUCCUGGGUAAGAUUUCAUCUCAUUGACAUCCAAGGGAGGUCCAAUGAAUAAUGUUCUCCUCUGAAAAAUAAUCAGACUCCUCUAAUCUAUCAGGCCCUUCUGUGAAAUUCUAUAACUUUUUGUGAUCACUAUUGAUUCAUGAGGCCUGACUCAUUGUAGUAUUAUUCACUGCCUUGAAUUUCGAUGGUCCUUUGUUGGAUCCAUUUGUGGAGCCUAAGAUCCUCUGUAAACCCAACAAAGAAAUUCUCCAAUUCUCAAGGGAGGACACUGGAUCAGAUUAUCUUAAGCAAAGUGGCUUGUUGCAGACAGCUGUUUAUCAACCCAACCCCUCGCAAAAUAAAACACUGGUGGCUUGAGAUCCAUUCGCUGUCCAGUGUUUAUAUUGUAUUUCUACUGAAAUUGUAUAUCUGCAUAUACUAUCAUGUGACAUUAGAGACCAUCAGUGGGUGAUGCCCUUCAAGUUUAAUAUCCUUAUCGUUACUACUGAAGAAGUGUAUGAAAGGUCCUUUAUUUAAUCUUUAUGGCAUCUUGGAUUGCACAAUUUUCAUCAAACCGUGCUUUUUAUUUCCCACUUGACUGUUAGCUUCUCCGUCAAUCUUAUUCCUUUCCAUUUCUAUACCAAACAAAGGAAUGAGGGGAAAAGAAUACGGCGUGUGGUAAGACUUAUUUAUUUAUCUGUUCAUUUAAUUGGGUAAAAUUAUUUUAGAUUGUUUUUGAGAUAUUCAGCAUGGACUGUGCUUGUUUGAUCAUUGACAUUGAACUGGAUUUGUUUAAUCAACGCAUUGUGUGUGCUAGGUGUUUGAAAUAAAAAAUGAUGCUAAAAUGAAGAGAACAAGGCAAAGACCACUACCUUCAGGGCGAGUUACUGUACCUCAUGCAGUCACCUGGGCAUCUUCUGUUGGUCUAGCAGGCACAGCUUUACUAGCAUGCGAGGCGAAUACAUUGGCAGCUGGGCUUGCAGCUUCUAAUCUUGUUCUCUAUGCAUUUGUAUACACUCCACUGAAGCAGAUACAUCCAAUAAAUACGUGGGUUGGGGCUAUUGUUGGUGCUAUUCCACCCCUUCUUGGGUGGGCUGCUGCUUCUGGCCAGGUUUCACUUAAUGGAAUGAUUCUCCCCGCUGCUCUAUAUUUUUGGCAAAUACCACAUUUCAUGGCCCUUGCAUACUUGUGCCGCCAAGAUUAUGCAGAUGGGGGGUUUAGGAUGUUUUCUCUCGCCGACACAUCUGGUCAGAGAACAGCCUCGGUGGCUUUGAGAAACUGCUUCUAUCUGCUUCCAUUGGGGUACCUGGCCUAUGAUUGGGGUCUAACUUCCGGAUGGUUUUGUCUUGAAUCAACCCUCCUGGCUCUUGCAAUCAGUGCAACAGCAUUGUCAUUUUAUUUGAACCGCACCACAAAGAAUGCCAGGAGAAUGUUCCAUGCCAGCCUUCUCUAUCUUCCUGUAUUUAUGUCUGGGCUUCUAUGUCAUCGUGUACGUGAGAGCCAGGAGUGCAUAGAAGUGGAAAGUUCACAGAGGAUUGUUGAGCUUUCUUCUUCCCUGGGAACUAUUCUACAUGAGACUGAAAAUGUCAGACAUCCGAAUAAGGUUAAACACACGUCUGUUGGUGCCCAAGCACGGCCACCUGUAGCAUAUGCCUCAGUUGCGCCAUUUCCUUUCUUGCCAGCCCCUGUGUAUGCUACCCCUUGAGGUUUGAGUUUUUAGUUAUGUAUCUGUUUUAGCUUGUUUAUUUUUUAAAUAAAGCAUGACAAGAGAAUAGGCAUUCCAUAACUUUUAUCGGGUUUUCAAGAGUUUUUGCAACUUUUUCAUUUUCUCCAGCUUCUGAUAUGUAUCGAGUAAUAUUUUGUUCCUGCUGUAAUAAGUAAAUGUUUUGUUCAUCGAUUUUCAUUUAUUUCGCUCGUAUUAAGUUGUAUGCUACCAGUCAAGGUACUUCAGUACUAUUCAA